AUGGAAGAUCAAUUUAUCCUUUUAGAAAAUAAUAAUGUUACUAUUGUGAAUAGAGAAAAAUCUUACGAAAUUUCUAAACAAAAGUUAUCGUCGAUUCCUUACUUUGUGAAAUUAUUUUCAGAUCCUAAUAAUUGUGACUUGGCCGAAAUAGAACUUGAUCUUGAUGAAAGUUCAUUCGAUAAUAUUGUUGAUUUUAUCUUAAACAAUCAUCUAUCAAUAUCAAUGGAAAGUGCCUUCUCAAUGAUAGAAACUGCUGAUUAUCUCGGAAUGUACAAUAUCAAACAGAAGUAUUAUGAUUGUUUAGAAUCAAAUUUCAAUAUCGAUCAAUUGGAAGAGUUUUUAGAUUUUUAUGAGAAUCGUAAAUGCUCUGAAAAGCUCAAUUCCUUCAUCGCGAAAUUUUUCGUUCCAAUUUCCAACACAAGAGCAUUUCUGAAAUUUCCUGUUGCUCUAAUUGAACUAAUUUUGAAAAUGAAUUUGGUUGUUUCUUUAGAGUAUCAAAUAGUUGAAGCUAUUGAUCGAUGGAUUAAAUUCGAUGAAAAGGCUCGAGCACAAUAUCUUUUGCCUCUUAUGGAGUUUAUAAAUUUGUUUCAUUGUAAUAAUGAGAUUCAAACUGUCUGGGAGACUGUCUUGCAUUCUGAAAUUCAGCAUUAUAUUCCAGGGCUGCAAGAACUUUGUGCUCGUACUUGUACACUAAAACUCUGUCAAUCUGAUUGUAAAAACAAUCGACGAUAUAAUAAGUCAUUGGUCUCAAUCUAUGAGCUUGAUAGAGACAAAAUUAACAUUCGACGUUUAUCAAGCUCAAAUCUCUGGACUAAUUAUAGUCAAUUCAUUCGAGAUGAAACAAUUUCUUCUUCUUUAAUUGAGGCUGAUCAUAUCGUCGAUAUAAUUUAUGAUUCCGGAAGAAAAGGUAUUCGAGUUGAUUUGAUUGGAAAGAAAUUUAAAUAUCUCAAAAUGUUUGGUAAUGAAAAUUCUUACUAUGGUAAAGUGCAUAAACAUAUCACUCAUGAUAUUGAGGAUCCUGAAUUCGCUUGUGUUAAGAUUAACGAUUCGACAAUGAAAUCCAAUCUUAAAAAAGAAUAUUUGAACAUUAGACGUUUGGAAGCCAUUUCUCUGAAUGAUCACUUGGACGGAAUUUGCUAUGGAAAUGAAGAUUAUAUUGAUUCUAUUGGAUUGAAUAGUUGUCAUGAUGAGCCUGAUGAAUAUGAUGAUAAUUCAACUGAUCAGUAUUAUUAUUGUCGGUCUCUUAAUUAUCGAAAAUUGGCUUUAUGUUCUCCAAAAGGACCAGUUCGAACUCGUUCAUGUUUAUUUAUGAAACCAAAUGACUAUUCAGGUUCUACGAAGUCCUUGUACUUUUUGACCAAACGUGAAUUCUGUCGUAUGUUUUUUGAGCAAGGAUUUCCGGAUGACACAUAUGUACUUGACCAUUCGUUUCUGAAAGAUUUCAUCGGAAGUGGUUCUCUGAAUCAUAUUGAGCUGAUUUCUCAUAACAAUUCGGUUCUUAUUUGCAACAAGGAAAAGAAAAUGAUUUAUUCUUAUAUCGAAGAUACUGAUCAUUGGAAAUUUAUGUCUAAAAUUGAAUCUCCUGAAAAGAUGGUCACAAUUGCAUCUAUUUGUUGGCCGAUUGAUUUUGAAUAACUGAUUGCCAAUCAAUUUAAACAUCGAUGUUCAAUCAUUCGAAACAGAUCACCUUGAUUGACUUUUCCUAAUUUAUGUAAUAAUCUUACCAUUAUAUUUCAAUUAUCGCUUUUUAAUUUCGUUUCAAUAAAUCAAAUAAAUCAUUGGAUUC